AUGCACUGGCUGCUGACGCUGACGGCGGUCCUGCUGGCCCAUCUCGGGGUCUCGCUGACGGGGGCAUGGAGAGCAUCGCAGCCAAGACUGCAGUUCAGCCACUCCGAGCUGAUCCAGAACGGCCGGCUGCUGACGCUGCCCCUCGUGGCCGGAGACCUCCACUCCUUACUGCCCGAUGAGGACCGGAGGCGUCUCUACGUGGCCAUGAAGGACAACCUCCUGUCCACCAGUCUGGACGACAUCACGCAGAACCCGCGCAAGCUGUACUGGCCAGCCAGUCCGGACCGUGUCCAGGAAUGUCUCAUGGCUGGAAAGGACCCAGAGAUGGAGUGUGCAAACUUCCUGCGAGUGCUGCAGCCUUUCAAUCAGACUCACCUGUAUGUGUGUGGAACCGGAGCCUUCAACCCUCGCUGUGCAUUCAUAGCGACCAGUGUUUUCCAUCAGUCAGAGUACCAGACUUUCUCCUACAGCCAGACGGAGUGUGGGAAGGGGAAAUGCCCCUACGAUCCGCUCCAGAGGACAGCUUCUGCUGUUGUUGAUGGAGAGCUGUACGCAGGCAUCACCUCAGACUUCAUGAGCAGGGACUCUGCGUUUUUCCGUAGUCUUGGCAGCCGUCACGUCAUACGAACCGAGCAGUAUGACUCCACUUGGAUGCAGGAUGCCCAGUUUGUGCGGGUAGCGCCGCUGUCUGAAACUGAUAACCCAGAAGACGAUAAGGUCUACGUGUUCUUCACCGAGCGCGCGCAGGAGGCAGAAGGGGCUGCUGGGAAGGUGCUCUACUCCAGAGUGGCACGAGUUUGCAAGAAUGACAUCGGCGGCCAGCGGAGUUUAGUCAAUAAGUGGAGCACGUUCCAGAAGGCCCGCAUGGUGUGUUCUGUCCCGGGACCAGACGGCCUGCAGACGCACUUCGACCAGCUGCAGGACAUCUUUAUUCUCCAUGGGAAAGACAAGAAGAACCCUCUCAUCUACGGCCUGUUUACCACUUCAAGUGACAUCCUGAACGGUUCAGCCGUGUGCGUUUACCGAAUGGAGGAUGUGGUUCGGGCUUUCAAAGGGAACUUCCUUCACAAGGAGGGGCCUCAGUAUAAGUGGGCAGAGUUUACGGGCAAGGUGCCCUAUCCUCGCCCAGGGACGUGUCCCAGCAGCACAUACGGAAGCUACAGCUCCACCCGAGAGUAUCCGGACGACGUCAUUUUCUUCAGCAGGACUCACCCGCUGCUGCAGGAAAAUGUGCUGCCUCUGGGAGAGCGGCCGCUCCUGGUCAGAGUGGGCGUUCACUACAAGUUCAGCAAACUGUUGGUGGACAGGGUGGAGGCCGUGGACGGCACCUACGACGUCCUCUUCAUCGGCACAGACUCCGGACUGGUGCUGAAGGCCGUCCAUCUGCCCCGAGAGCACGGCCAGAGCCAGGAGGUCACUCUGGAGCAGCUUCAGGUCUUUCAGCACAAAUCACCCGUGACAGCCAUGACGCUCUCGAAGAAAAAGCAGUGGUUGUUUGUGGGCUCCAGGGAGGGCGUGUCCCAGCUGGCCCUGUACCAGUGUGAGCUGUACGGUCAGGCCUGCGCCGAGUGCUGCCUGGCCAGAGACCCCUACUGCACCUGGGACGGGCACGCCUGCAGCCCCUACAUGCCCACCGUGCGCAGGAGGAACGCUCGUCAUUUAGGGGAGGACGAGGAUCCACUAACGCAGUGUGUCAGGCAGGGAGCCGGGCUGCAGGUGGAGGCCGAGCAGAGGGUGAUGAUGGUGGCAGAAGGUAACAGCACCUACCUGGAGUGUCUGCCGCGCUCCAGACACGCUGCCGUCACCUGGUACAAACAGGCCGGAGAGAACAGUCCCGAACUCAACCAGGUGGUCACAGGUGACCAGCUGGUGGUGAUCGAGCGGGGCGUCCUGAUUCGCCGGGCCGAGCUGUCGCACGGCGGCGUGUACCACUGCCAGGUGGAGGAGCACGGCUACCACUGGACCGCGGUCACCGUCCGCCUGGCCGUCUGGAGCCCGUCCACCAACCGCCUCCUGGCCUCCUGGUCCGGCUCGGCCUAUCAGAACGCGGGGAGCCAGCCCUGGUACGACGACGUGAUGGCGCUCAUCCACCCCGCCAACCUGGGCCAGCACUGCAAGGCUCUCGGGUACCGCCCCCCACGCAACCACCGUCGCCAUGGCGACUUCCUGGUGGAGCUACACAAGGAGAAAGAGAGGGGGGAGAAGCACAAGCACGGGGGAGGCAGAGGAGGAGGAGGAGGAGGAGGCGGAGGAGGAAGAGCAGCGGGGAGGAAGAGCAGGAGCAAGCCGCAGCAGAGGGCGCCGCGAAGCGCCUGAACGCACCGCGGAACCGGAGGGCAGAUUUUCACAGACUUCAACACAAAACAUACACAUGCACACACACUUAACUUAUACACUGACACACACACAGACAUACACACACACACACACUGUAUGUACAGAGACUUCAUGCGCAUGCACUUAUCUACAAACAAAAAAAAGGCGUCCUUUCAUGAAAGUAAGAAACUUUGAAGCUACACUGAAGUACGUACAGGAGGACUGCAGAGACUGAAUCUCCAGGACAAAGGACUUUGUGAAUAAUAAUAAUAUUAAUAAUAAUAAUAAAGAAAAAAAAACAGCAGAAGAAGAAUAGCGUAGGUUGUAUCGCAUGUUGAAUGAAGGAUGAUCGGCUCAGUCUGACCGACUCUGUCGUGACGGGGACUUUUCAGUGGAUGUUUCGGAUCUGGAGCCUGUACAGACAAAAGGAUACUGGUCUCGUUCCGACCGUCGAGAUCCAAAAUCACCGAACUCUUCUGAAAUGAUUGCUGCAUGCGAGGAGCGUGCUGGUGACUUUGAAUGUUUCUGCCCAUUAAUUAGACGUCACAUGUGUUCUCCAAAUUCUCCAAAAGAGAACAGAUGUUUCCAGAUUGGUUUCAAACCUCCCAGGAAAAAAAAAAAAGAAAAGAGGUUUCCAUUCGGUGCAGUACGCUGCUAAGUUCAUCAGGCACGAAUUCUGGAGAGUCCUUGGCUUUACUGUCAAAGUUAUUGUAGGUGUGUAAAGAAAUUUCCUAAGUUUUUCAAGGACUCCCUCCCUCAGAUGUGUCAGCUGCUCAGAAACAUUUAAAUGACGAGCUUUGUUGUUUCAAAGUGAGAAAUGAGAGUCCAAAAAAAGCUCAAGUGUGUGUGUAAAACAUCAGAUGUUCCAAGGUCUUUGAACACAUCGGCAGGUAGUGGCCGUCCAACUACAACAAAAGCAUGAAUAAUCCAUGUGAGGGGGGUAUUUUUUAUUUUUUAUUUCCAGUUGAAAGCUUUGGAUAAUUAUCAGUACUGAUUCAUAAUUAAAGGGCUGAUCCAUUCAAAACCACAUUGCUAUCUUAGCGAGUAAUGUUGCCAGUCAGCAGAGGCUUUACGAGUGUAUUAAGAUUGUGAGUAGCUGUAUAUAGCGCUGAUGGGUUCUAACUUUAGAUCUUUAAGGCAUCAAACAGCCCUGCACACCUCCAGUGAGCCCGCCGCCGCUCUUUUCACAGAGGUGGAGUCUGACCGCAGAGGGAAAGGCACCGCAGCAGCUUUGAUGAGGUUACGGAUCAACUUUCCCAGGACUCUGUGCUGCAGCACUGCACACCCACACACACACACACACACACACAAAGUGCUGGAGGUGUUUCCAUUGUGUUCUCACAGUUUGGUCGGGUGAUAUCAGCUGGUUGGAGUUUGGCGACAGAAGCCUUUUUAAUGUCAGUGUCGGAACAAAGUGAACAAUGGAAGGUGAAUUUCUUUGCUAGAAGAAGAGCAAUAUUUCCUCUCCGAUGUGUGAAAGGAAAGAAAAGCUUCAUGACAUUCACAAUUCACUGUCUAUUGAUUAAUAUGAUCAAAAUGGAAACGGACAUCCAUAUGUUUUAUAAACGCCAACAAACACAGCAACUAGUGUACAGGCUUGUUUAUUUUCCCAGUCAAAAUUUGCUGCAGAUUGAAUUAAAACAUGUAUUUCAUGUUUGCUUAAUGUAAAUUAUAUCAGAUCUGUUAAAUUAUGAUCCGUAUGUUAUAUCCUGAGAUGCAAAAUAUUCAUGGCUCAAGUCCAGCUGAGAUUAGCUGUGCAUGUGUGGAUUUUUUUGCGUUCCAAAAGCAUAUAUUUGAGGCUAAUUGGUGGCUCUAAAUUGACCAGACUGAGGUGUACUGGGAGUCCGCUGGGAUCGACUCCAGCGCCCCGAAACCCCGAGCUGGAUAAAACAGGUUUGAAAAUGCAUCAUAAAGUUCCAGUACUGACUCAGCAGCGCAGUUCAUGUCUGCAAGAAGUCAUGAUUCCUGAGUUAUGAGGCAUUUAAAAUGAAAUAAUUCCUUACCUAUUUAAGCGCAUAUUGCCCAUGUAUGACAAAAUCUAUUAAAAAAAAAAACCUAGCCAUAAACCACAAUACAGUAAAUAUGUGGUUUUGGGAUUUUCAGAGUCGAAGACGACAAAUACUUUUCGGAAAAGUCAAGGAUCAAGAAUGAAUUAUUGAAUGAAAAGAGUAAUGUCAGUAUUUUCAACCAGCAAAGAAGUCCCAUAUAUCAUAAAAUAAAGAAGUAAAACUUUGCACAAAGUUGUUGACUAAGUAAACUCAAGCAAACACCCAAAACAACAUUUUCAUAAGGUACGAAAACAUGACGCAUCUGAACUACCAGGCAUCAGAGUUUUUUCCCUCUGACGUUGGAAAUGAUGAUAAACUCAGCACACUGAACUGUGUAAAAUAUAAAAAUGCAAUAAAAAGGUUUUCCAGCAUCGUUGGACAUGGAAGCACGAUUCAUGGAGGACUGAGACUCUGUACAGAACCUGCAUGUUUCUCCGGCUACGGGCCUUCAGUAACGCGCCGCUGCUCCAGCAGCUCCAGCUGGUAAUGACAUCUGACUGUAAAUUACCGAGCAACUCCAGCGUAUAAUAAAGAAGCCUUUCUUGUGCAAAGCUGGACCUGGAGAAAGCGCUAAAUGGGACCGGCGUCAGGCGGCCGGUGGGAUUCCAGCGACUUCAGUGACUUCACAGGGCAGUAAAUCCUGAUUUGUUCCCAACGUUGACGCUGCUUCCUCCGCAUCUAUGUGACUGUUCUCAGCGGUAUUUAUUAUUUUCAUCUGGAGAUGGACUGUUGGAUUCAUGGAACAGUGUUUGACAUGAGUUUGUUGGUUUUUGUGCUGCUUCUGUUGCUCUUGCCCAUUUCCACUUGUUGAAAUGUUUUCUAUUAUGACUGCUGGAGAAUCACACAUCCCUUCAUUUUUGCAUGUUGAAAUAAGGCAGCAGGAUCUGAAAAGUAAGUCGUUUCAGAGCCGUGGAUCCAAACCAACAGAGUCACACACAUCUGUUUGUUCACAGAUCAAACUGCAUUACAGACAACAGUAUUCAGUUAAACGCUCAUGAGAAUUGAAUUUAGAAGCCGAGACGGAACUAAAACUUUAUUUCAUUUUCUGUGAUUCAUCUGAAACGUUGCAUUUACAUGCAUUAUUAAGUCCAAAGAUGCUUUUAUUUAUUUUAGUGCCUGUUUCAUGGCUGGCUUCACAUUUUUCUUUGUGCGUGUGUGCUUCUGUGGUGCUCGCGUUGUGUUUGACAUUACUGGGAUCAGAGUGGGAAUAGCUCAAGCAUGAGGUCAGAGGUUAUGUCAGUAAAUCAGCCAUAAGCAGAACUCAAUUAAAAAAAACAACAGAGAAUUUUUUGAUGUUUAAAACAAAUAUCUCAAUUAAAUAAAAUAAAGCAGCCUGGAGAAAAUGACUGUGAGCUUGACGUCUUGGCUUCUUGGACCACAUGAAGGUCGCCGCUUGCCCUAAGCAGCUUCUGAACAUGUGUUUGAGAAGAAAAGCAGUUUAUGAAGGAGUGUGUGACUCUUGAGUUUGGUGAAGCUGUUUAAGUGUCAGACACUUCCUUUUUUUUUUUUUUUUUUUUGAGAAAUAUCAGACUUGGGUGAGAGUGAAGCAGAAACCAGCAUCCAGUGUGUUCUCUUUAUCAGCCACAUUAGCCGGGGGGAAACAGUCUGGACUGUCACUGAAGCUGCUGACUGCUUUUGUUAUUGCUGUAUUGUUGGUGACAUAUCUUCUGUUUUGAUUUUUUUUGCAAAUUCUCUUGAUUUCUGUGCACAUUUUAAAGGCUCCAUUAUUUACAUUAUCCUGGUUUAAAAAACAGCCAGUUUUGUCUGCAGCGCUGCUGGUUUUGUAUCUGUGUCUUAAUGCAUUGAUUUUAACAUCUGUUUGUUCAAAUGUAAGAUUUGCACUUUGACCCUGAUCCAAUAUCAGAAACCUGGUUUGUCUCAUGGUUUAGCAAAGAUGCAGGUUUUUGAAAACGAGUUAAUUAGAUUUUUGAUCGGUCAGGGUCAAAGGUAAACCAACCUCAGGAUGUCACCUUUGGCAUUAAGAUCAGAUCAUGACGGGUCACUGAGGGCCUACAAAUAAUCUUUGAUGUGUUAAAAAUGUGGCAAAAUCCAAACCAAUUUCUUUGUAGACAUAAUUUUUUAAUGCUAGCUCUUCUUUCUUUCUUUUUUUUUUUUUGUAAACUGAACAUGUUAAUAUUUUCACAGUAUUUAUUGCGUACCAUUUUUUCAAUUACUAGAUCUAGGGGCAUUUAGGAUAAAUAGCUCUCCCUAGCUGUAACACAAUGUUUGUUAUCCAAGAAGAAAUCACCCUCUUGUCAGUUUCUAAAUUAUCUGUGACGUAUUUAAAGCUGCCACCGGGACCCAGUUUAACCUGUAGAUUAGAAGCAGGCAAAAAAAAAAAAAAAAUGGAAUAUAGUGUUAAACCACAGAGAUACUUAGAGAUUACAAACUGAAAAUUCCC